AAAAUAACCGAAUAAGAACAUCACUGGCUGCAACGCCAACCAAGAAAAUCGUGCAAAAAUGUUGAUUAAUUCAGUUUGUCGAGCCAGUUUGCUGAGAAAUAGUCGUCCGUUAAACGCUUGUGUAUUUCGACCGGUUGAUUUUUCUUUAUUUUAUUCAACUACUGCCAAGCAAGUUCCUAAAAUUAUGGCAAAUAAAACAUUGCCACAAAUUUUCAAAUUUGUCGACCAGAAUGCCGAUUCUUACAAGCAACUUCUUAAAGAAGCAGUUGCAAUUCCUUCAGUUUCUUGUGAUGUAAAGUAUAGAAAUGAUUGUGUACGUAUGGUUAACUGGAUGCAAGAAAAGUUAAAAGAAGUCGGAGCGUCUACGGAACUUCGGGAUGUAGGUUUCCAAAAAAUAGAUGGCACAGAUGUAGCAUUACCACCAGUAUUAGUUGGUACAUUAGGAAAUGACCCAAAGAAAAAUACUAUUUGUGUAUAUGGACACUUGGAUGUGCAACCUGCAUUGAAAUCUGAUGGCUGGGAUUCAGAACCAUUUGAACUGCAAGAGCGCGAUGGCAAGUUAUUCGGCCGUGGUUCAACUGAUGACAAAGGCCCAGUACUUGGCUGGCUUCAUGCUAUUAACGCUUACAAAGGUGUUGGAGAAGAGCUACCAGUAAAUUUGAAAUUCGUUUUUGAAUGCAUGGAAGAGUCUGGCUCGGAAGGUUUAGAUGAGUUGCUUAUGGACAAGCUUAAACCAGAAGGAUUCUUUGAUGAUGUUGAUUAUGUAUGCAUCUCUGAUAACUAUUGGUUAGGGACAACCAAGCCUUGCAUUACAUAUGGCCUGAGAGGAAUCAGUUACUAUUUCUUGGAGGUAGAGUGUGCCAAGAAUGACCUUCACAGUGGUGUAUAUGGAGGAACAGUGCAUGAAGCAAUGACUGAUCUUAUUUAUCUCAUGAAUGAAUUAGUUGAUAAAGACGGCAAGAUUCUUAUAACUGAUAUUUACAAGUCUGUGGCUCCGAUGACUGAGAAUGAGAAGAAACUUUACUCUAGUAUUGAUUUUGAUACUGAAGCAUACAGGCGCACAAUAAACGCCCACAAAUUGCUACACAACGGGGUCAAAGAGCAAGUACUGAUGCACCGUUGGAGAUAUCCCAGUCUCUCGUUACAUGGAAUUGAGGGGGCCGCCUUCCAGCCGGGAGCGAAGACUGUAAUUCCCGGCAAGGUGAUCGGAAAAUUCUCUAUACGUAUCGUCCCUAAUCAAGAACCAGAGGAAGUAGAGAAAUUAGUCUUUGACUAUGUCAACAAAAAGUGGGCGGAGCGCGGUUCACCGAACAAGAUGCGUAUCAGCGCGCAGAGCGGCCGCGCAUGGACAGAGAACCCUGACCAUCCACACUACCAGGCUGCCGCUAGAGCCACUAAACUCAUCUAUCAGACUGAGCCGGACAUGUCGCGCGAGGGCGGGUCCAUCCCGGUGACGAUAACGCUGCAGGAGGCGAGCGGACGCAACGUGCUGCUGCUGCCGAUGGGCGCAGGCGACGAUAUGGCGCACUCACAGAACGAGAAGCUCAACGUGCGCAAUUACAUCGAAGGAAUCAAGUUGUUUGCGGCAUAUUUGUACGAGGUGGGCAAACUAUCUAAGUAGAAAACACUUUAAUGAAGAACAUUUGAAAACAUCUGAAAUUCAGACAUAAUAAUUCAUAUUUUAAGGUUUUCGAUCGAUUGAAUGCGACUGACUUAUUUGAUAUAAAAUAGGGAUGCACGAAUUACUAUUUCAAUUGACUACAAUUUCGACUUUGAUAUUUUUAGCUAUAAACAAUUUUGUUUCUAUAAAAUCUUACUUUUAUUAUAUACACAUGUUUUGUAUACUUUGUUAGUUAUAGCUUUAAGUUUUUUUUAUUUGUUAAUUUAAUAUGAGUAUUCGAUUCUUAUUCGUUAAGAAUCGAUUUUAAAAUCGAUUUUUAAAAUGACAGUAAAGUGCAUCCCUCAUAUUAAAGAUGUGUCAAUUAUUCGGACAUUCCGUACAAGUACAGAAGAAAUUGGGCA